AUGAAUGAAGAAAUUUGUAGUACUAAUAUGGAUUUGGCAUUUUUUAAAGAUAUUAUAAUUUACCUACUAUUGUUUCAUGUGCAACCAAUAUGCCAAAAGGAUAUUUAUUAUUGGGAAGGUAGUGGAAAACAAUCUUUAACUAGUUUAGUUGCUUAUGUUACAGGUGAAUGGAUGCAUACAUUCAGAUUUUAUCUUCGAUAUAAUUUUUCUUCAGGUGACAAAUAUUUUAAAAUCAGUGUGCCAAACAUAUACAUUGAACAAUUUGUUGAUGAUUUACAAAAUGUUUAUCGGUGUGCUGUGCCUCUUGGUCAAGAUAUUGCAUUUACUGCAUAA